CUCCCUUCCCAUCUCCAUUCCUCCUCCCCCCUUCCCUCCCCGCCGCCGCCGUCGACGCCAUGGCCUCCUCCGCGUCGGCGGCCUCGCCGCUCACCUGCCACCACCUGGGCAUCCGCCACCGCCCCCACCUCCCCUCAUUCUCCCUCCGCCGCCGCCCCACCUCCCCACUCUCAUCGAAGCCCAUCUCCCUCUCCCUCUCCCACUCCCACUCCCACUCCCUCCCCAAGCCCCUGACCCCGUCCACAGCUCGCCACCUCCUCCCGCCCGUCGCCGCGGCGCCGGCAUCUCCCCCCGCGCCGGUCUCGCCGCCGGCGAAGCCAGCCCUGCAGGGCGCGGCCAUCAAGCCGCUGCUGGCCUCCAUUGCCACGGGGGUCAUCAUCUGGUUCAUCCCUGCCCCCGCCGGCGUGGCCCGCAACGCGUGGCAGCUGCUCGCCGUGUUCCUCGCCACCAUCGUCGGGAUCAUCACGCAGCCGCUGCCGCUGGGCGCCGUCGCGCUGCUUGGCUUGGGCGCCGCCGUGCUCACCCGCACCCUCACCUUCGCCGCCGCCUUCUCGGCCUUCGGGGACCCCAUCCCCUGGCUCAUCGCGCUCGCCUUCUUCUUCGCUCGGGGCUUCAUCAAGACGGGGCUCGGGAACCGCGUCGCCUACCAAUUCGUUAAAGCAUUCGGGGGCUCCACGCUCGGCCUCGGUUACUCGCUCGUCUUUGCCGAGGCGUUCCUCGCGCCUGCAAUCCCCUCGGUCUCCGCGCGGGCUGGUGGCAUCUUCCUCCCGCUCGUGAAAUCCCUCUGCGAGGCGUGUGGAUCGCGCACUGACGACGGCACAGAGCGAAAGCUCGGCGCCUGGCUCAUGCUCACAUGCUUCCAGACGUCGGUCGUUUCGUCAGCGAUGUUCCUCACGGCGAUGGCGGCCAAUCCGCUUGCUGCCAACCUGACGCUCAGCACCAUCGGGCAGGGGAUCGGGUGGACGCUGUGGGCAAAGGCGGCCAUUGUGCCAGGGCUGCUGUCGCUGCUGAUUGUGCCGCUGGUCCUCUAUGUCAUCUACCCACCGGAGGUGAAGACCAGCCCUGAUGCACCACGCUUGGCCAAGGAGAGGCUGGCAAAGAUGGGACCCAUGAGCACGGAGGAGAAGAUCAUGGCCGGCACGCUUCUGCUCACGGUUGGACUUUGGAUCUUUGGAGGAAUGCUGAGUGUAGAUGCAGUGUCUGCAGCGAUUCUUGGCCUAUCUGUCCUCCUAAUUACAGGAGUUGUCACAUGGAAAGAGUGUUUGGCAGAGUCUGUAGCAUGGGAUACCCUUACUUGGUUUGCUGCGCUGAUUGCGAUGGCUGGCUACCUCAACAAAUAUGGGUUGAUUUCUUGGUUCAGCGAGACUGUUGUUAAGUUUGUUGGAGGUCUUGGUCUGUCCUGGCAACUCUCAUUCGGUGUCUUGGUGCUGAUGUACUUCUACUCCCACUACUUCUUUGCUAGUGGUGCUGCACACAUCGGUGCAAUGUUCACUGCGUUCCUGUCUGUGGCGAGUGCCUUGGGCACCCCUCCGCUUUUCGCUGCCAUGGUUAUGUCAUUCCUUUCAAACCUCAUGGGUGGCCUGACCCAUUAUGGCAUAGGGUCAGCCCCCGUCUUCUAUGGAGCUGGCUAUGUUCCGCUUGCUGAGUGGUGGGGCUACGGAUUUGUCAUCUCCGUUGUUAACAUCAUUAUCUGGCUUGGUGCCGGAGGCUUCUGGUGGAAGAUGAUUGGUUUGUGGUGAGCAACACGGUUGCGGGACUUCCUAUUUCAAUGAGGGCGAACGAAACUAGCAAAACAUUUGCAAGUGGCACAGGUUGAGCUGACCACAAGUUUUGUCGACAUGAUCCAUUCUUUUAGUUUGUACCCGUACAUUUGUUUUUUCUGGCAGUUACUUCCAAUGCCAGGAUGCAGUUACUGGCAAGUGGCAUCUGAUGUUAUGUAGUAGUUUCUUCUUCUGUUUAUCUUAUGCCUUAGUUUGUGCUUGGUGCCCC